AUGGGACACUCAAAAUACGACGGAAUACGGGAAACGGAGUCCAAAAGAGUGAAAGUUUACGUGUUGGAUCAAAAUGAAUGGAAAGAUACGGGAACAGGCUUCUGCGUGGGCAAGUUGGGCGACUCCACGGGCGGAGAGGCCCCCGAUACGGAUGAUAAAGAGGGAAAAUUAGCCGCUUAUUUGGUGGUUAGCGACGAAGGGUCGCCAGAUAAGACCCUCCUGCUGUCGAAACUAGAAGGAAAUAUCGAAUACCAGCGACAGGAAGAGACCCUGAUAGUUUGGAAGGAGCUUUCGGGUCAAGAUAUCGCGCUCAGCUUCGAAGAGAGUACGGGUUGCGACGCGUUGUGCGACUUUAUCAUAUAUAUUCAAAAGACAACGGAAUCCAAUAUCUCGCUCGUUGCGGUGCGUUCCAACGAUGAUGGAAUGGGAUCUGUUCACGAAAUUAUAACAGGACCAGUGAAUUUGCCCUCCAACUCUACCAGUCAGGACGAAAAAUUGCUAAUGGACGCGCUAAAGAUACUCAACGAGAACACGGCAUUUGAAUACUUGCGUACAGAGACGGUAGAAUUUAUCCUAAAGGAGAACUACAUCUCAACACUGAUACAGGUCUUCAAUCAUGCAGAAUCGAAAUGUGCUCUCCGACAGCUAUUAAUCCUGAGCAACAUUAUCAAAACCCUCACGUUAUACAGCAACAGAGACAUCUUGGAGCAAAUGGUAGAUGAUGAUCACAUCAUGGGAGUCGUAGGAAUUUUGGAAUACGACACUGAGUUUCCGUUGAGUAAAGCUAACCACCGCGAAUAUCUACGAAAUACAGGUCCUCAUUUUCGGGAAGUCGUGCCCCUCGAGAGUGACAGCAUGAAAAAAAUCAUCAAAGAGACUUACAGGUUACAAUUUUUGAAGGACGUUGUGCUGGUUCGCUUCUUGGACGAUCAUAGCUUCAACCUAAUAUCUCACGUUAUACAAGACUUACAGCAUUGCAUCAUCGAGUUCAUUCAAAGAGAACCUUUUCUAUUGAAGUUGAUGGCUCUUUUUACAGGGAAUAAUCGAUUAGAUACUAAGAGAGAUGGCGUAAGAAUGCUGCAUCAGUGCGUCCAGAUAACGAAAAAUUUGGAGCAUUCAGAAAAGUCCAGGUUUUUUAAAGCAUUAGUGAGGACCGGAUUGUUCAAGAUAUUGGAUUUUGCAUUCGGCAUAGAGACAGAUAGUGGGAUCAGAAUCUUAGCGACGGAUAUGGUGAUAAGCAUUAUAGAACACGAUAUCCUAUUGAUCAAUACGGUACAAAAUGAGCUUGUCAACCAGCAAGAGGACUCUGACGAGAGCCAACAAGAAGGCUUCAUUCACGAUUCUGCCUUCGUCACUCAACAUACUGUUUCCUCAGAUGUGUCACUCCUAUCUAUCCUGUCGAAAAUUCUUCUGACAGACAAGAAUAUGGGCUUGAAAGAACAAGUUGUGCAGGCACUCAACACGCUACUCCAUCCCGAAGGUUGCAUGGGUGCGGAAUCUGAUUAUAACGACUCUGGGAACUUGGAUAUUGUUAUGAACUCAAGUGAUGGGCGCGGAAAUGGAUUAGGCAGCGACGGUUUAAGUGAUAACAUGAGCUUUCAGAUGACAGAGUAUUUCAGUAAUUUUUAUACUCAGGUCGCACCACUUCUGUUUGCUCCCCUCAUCAACGACACAUUUGGACAUACGAAGGAUGACAUUUUACUCAAUUACUUGGUGAAGUUGAUUAGCUUUAUCGCCACAGAACACGAUCGGCGAAUGUCACGAGAAUUCAUCUUGGAAAACAACAUUCUCUUGAACAUAAGCAAGCUUAUGGCACCCCAGUACAUGUUGCAGCUGCGAUUAGCGGUUGUGAGGUGUUUAAAGGGGAUUGUCUGCCUGAAUGAUGAGUAUUAUCACAGACAUUUGAUCUCAGAAAAUCUUUACGACCCACUUUUCCAACUGCUCCGAGAGAAUCUAAACGAGGACAAUAUGGCGAACUCUUCUCUGCUAGAUUUUUUUAAGAUUGUCUCAUCACAAUGCUUACAAGCACAAGAGCUUCAGUCUCAGGAUAAAAGGAAUUUUGUUGCUUUGAACAAGCACCUGGUGAAACAGUAUAGAAAGGAUUUAGAAGCUGUUGACUACGUUCCCUUCACUAAGGAAAUGAUUCGAAUGUGCGAAGAAGGAGAGAAGGUACCGGGAGGACUUGGUACGGAAGCGGAAAUGAAAUUGGGGAACGAAGGCAAAAGGACAUACUCAGAAUUGUUGGAGGCAGGCAAAGUGCGAGAUCAAAACGUUGACGAAGAACCAACGCUUACAUUUAAAAAGGCCAUGGAAAAGGUUACCUUUGCACCACCGCCAACAUCUCUUGAAAAAGAAGUUCUCAGCAGUAAGGAGUGA